CUAUUCCUCUCACUGACACCAAUGAUGGGGCACUAUUCCUCUCACUGACACCAAUGAUGGGGCACUAUUCCUCCCACUGACACCAAUGAUGGGGCACUAUUCCUCCCACUGACACCAAUGAUGGGGCACUAUUCCUCCCACUGACACCAAUGAUUGGGCACUAUUCCUCCCACUGAAACCAAUGAUUGGGCACUAUUCCUCCCACUGACACCAAUGAUGGGGCACUAUUCCUCCUACUUAUACUGACAAUGGAGCACUAUUCUGCCCACUAAUACCAAUGAUGGGACUUUGUUUGCUGCCAUUGAUGCCAAGGCAUUUUCCCCCACAAAUUCUGAAGGACAGUAAACUGGCCCUUUGUUUGGAAACCCCUGAUAUAGAGCAUUGGGCUUAUCACAAAUUCCUAACGAAUCAACCAGAACUGGUAACACCUCCAGAUGGCCUACAAAGGAUGUCCCAAAGUUUUGCAGACGCUAAUACAUUUCGCCCCUUUUCA